AGUGUUCUAGCGGUGCGCUAUUUUAGAUUAUUGUCUCCUCAAAGUUCUGUGAUACAUAAUAUCGAAAAUGUUGAAAAUUACAUUUUUCGCCGCCUGUUUGGUGAUCUCCGCCCUGGCUGAAUACCACGGUCAUGAUUAUUACGAUUAUGACGCGUAUCCAAAGUAUAAAUUCGAAUAUGGCGUUGACGAUUCCCACACCGGAGAUAAAAAGAGCCAAUGGGAACAAAGGGACGGUGAGAUUGUCGUUGGGUCGUAUUCUUUGGAUGAAGCCGACGGUAGCCAUCGUGUGGUUACGUACAAUUCCGAUGAUCACAAUGGAUUCCAUGCGCACGUUUUGCGUGUUGGUCACGGUCAGCAUCCGCAUGGCGAAAGCUAUUCGAACAUUGAGCAGCAUUUCUAG